AUGGAGGUAACUGACUUGCUUGAGGCUUAUAAUUCUACAAACGAUGAUGAUAUUAAAUAUAUGCUUUUAAAAAAAGAGAAGAAGAUUUCUAAUAAAGAGGAUUUAUACAAGUUUAUUUGGGAACUUUCACUGCCGAUCUUACAACGGUCCAUUCAAGGAACUACUUCGUCUCAAAUACUAGGGGAUUUACUCUCACAGGAAGUUUUGCCUUUUACAAUUGGGGCUUAUUUUCAAGAUAUGAGGAUACAUGAAGUGGUUGAAGAAAGUAAACCAAUAAUAUCUUUAAUUUGUGAGUCCUGUAAAAAUUACUGUACAGAAAGUGAUAUAUUUUUGCAAGCAUUGAGAAACAUACUGCAAAAUUUUAUCGAAAGAGACAUUUUGUUUGUGUAUGAUGAAUGUUUUGAUGAUUCAACCAACAUAGUUACUUACUUUUGUUCUAUAUCGAGUAGUGGGCCUCUUUAUACAGAAUGUCUGACACUGCUUCUGAAGCUGUGCUACAAUGGACAAGAAAAGUCAAUACCAGCCGUUCUACUCGAUAGCAUUCUUUCGGUAGCAGAUAAAGGCUCAAAUACCGUGAUUACAAAUGAUUUAUUGAAAACCAUGUGUAAGCUGACGACUAGUUGGGAGUUGGACGUAGUAACUGAACGCAUUUCUCUGAGUGCUUUCCUGACCAUUUCAUGCUACUGGUACAAGUUUACGCCAAGCGUAACCCAUCUAUUCGUGAAUUUCUUAAUACCGAUGCUAGCUUCUGAAAUGAACACUUUAGAAGUAUUGAAAAUAAUUCAAAAUUUGUCGCCUUUCUUUCAAAUAAGGUCAGUUAGUACUGGAAAGGUAUAUCUAGACACUGAGCUUGUUGAAAAGCUGAAAUCCAGCGUGAAGCAAUUGCUUGCAAGUACUAAUGAUACGAUAGGUUUUUAUGAGUCCGGACUACGGGGGAGAAAUGGAAAUUUAAAGAUAGAAAACGAUCCUAUUGACUCAGACCAAAAGAACUAUAUAUCUCAGCUUGAUUUUUCUGAUGAUGAAGACGAGAUAGAGUUUGAAAACGAAAAUAUGGUCUCGUCUAAUAUUCCAUCGAAUGAAAUACUGAAAUUGAGGGAGAUUCAACAACUUUUGUUAGACGUUGAGGACAAAAUUAAUGCUGUAGAUGUUGCUGUUGUUGUUGGUCAUGACCACGACGAAGCAAUGGUGGAUGUGCUUGAUUUGAAAGAGAUAUCCGUAGGUCUAAACAAUUUCCCUAGUAAAGCAAUAUUGUUAGCAACAUUAUUUCAUAAGUUGCGUAUAGGAAAAGACGAGAUUGAAUUAUCAACUCUACAGACUUCUCUCAAUGUAACUGAGCAAUUGAUUAAGAACAAAGAGCAAAUAAAUCUCACGAUGGAGGAACAAUCGAAAUUAUGUGAGCUUAUUUUACCAUAUCUACAGAAAAACAAACGUUUCGUGAACAUCUUGAAAGUAGGGAAUAUGAAACAGAAAAUUGAUGAUGGGAAGUCAUUAAGAUUGUCCAUUCUUGUUAUCUUACAACAAGUUGAUGAACUUCCCUUUAAUGUUUGUGGUGAAAUUUUGAAAACUGUGAUAGAUUACAGUUUGCUACAUACACAAGAUGAUCUAAGCUUAGCAAUUGAAAUUGUCUCACGCUUAAUUGUGAGGUACUAUCAUGCAUUUGAGGGUUUAGACAAGGAUUGGUACAAUGAAAAUGUCUAUAGUCCUUUAGUAAACUAUAGGUUCGCAGAACCUGAUGCUCAGAGACGAAUCUCAGAAUUAUUGUCAAAAUAUAAAUCUUUUGCUGUAAGUAAAUCCAUAUAA